AUGCACGAGACGGUGCAUGGCUUCCCUGGAAUACUAGGGAGCAUAGAUUGUAUGCAUUGGGAGUGGAAGAAUAGCCCGACGACGUGGAGAGACCAAUUUACUAGUGGAUACAAGGGCAACCACCCGACGAUGAUCCUCGAAGCCAUCGCUGACCAUCAGCUCUGGAUCUGGCAUGCUUACUUCAGUGUGGCGGGGUCGAACAAUGACAUCAACGUCCUGAACUCCUCAUAUCUCUUCAUCGAGCAAUGCAAUGACAACGGACCGACCAUCGAGUUCACUGCAAACGGACGCCAACAUAUGGGGUACUACUUGGCCGAUGGCAUAUACCCGAGGUGGCCUGUUUUUUUUGAGACGAUCACUUGCCCAAUCAGUGAGAGGAGAGUUUUAUUCGCGCAAAAGCUGGAGGCUGCGCGGAAGGAUGUGGAGUGGGCAUUUGGUGUGCUCCAAGCGCGGUUUAUAGUGAAGGGUCCAGCGCGGUUCUGGUACAAGGAUGUCAUCGCCGAUGUUAUGUAUGUGUGCAUCAUCUUGCAUAACAUGUUAGUCGAACACGAAGGUGGAAGAGUCACCGAUUGGGGCGAUGAUGAAGCUGGAUCUAGCUCCAACACGACGACCCCGCCCCAUGUUCGAGGAUUACUAGCGGGCUACAAUGAGGUUCUAGCUAGACAGGCCUCAAUGCGCAACCAACAAGACCAUGCUCGGCUCAUGUCCGACAUGGUUGGAUAA